GGGAGGAGGAGGAGGAGGAGGAGAUCUGCAGUGAAACAGAUAAGCUCGGCUUAAUUCCAGCUCAGGAGCGCCUCUGUUCUGUGACUGAAGAACAGAGAGGAGGAGAAGUCUGUGAGUGUGUGAGACUGGGGGAGAAUGAGCAGGAGGAGAAGGCUGAAUAUCGCCAGCAGCAGCACACACAGCUCGCUUUUGCCCUUUUAAACCCGCGGAUCAUUAGCAGAUCGAGUCAUCUGACAGAAAUAGUCCGGAGUGGAAUGGGGAAGGAGGUGAACGGAGUGUCGCGGAGCCGCUUUGAGAUGUUCUCAAACAAUGAUGAGGCCAUCAUCAAUAAGAAGCUGCCAAAGGAACUGUUGUUACGAAUUUUCUCCUUUCUGGAUGUGGUCACCCUCUGUCGCUGCGCACAAGUGUCUCGGUCGUGGAACGUUCUGGCUCUAGAUGGCAGUAACUGGCAGCGCAUCGACCUCUUCGACUUCCAGAGGGACAUUGAGGGUCGUGUGGUAGAGAACAUUUCAAAGCGAUGUGGAGGUUUCCUGAGGAAGCUCAGUCUCCGAGGCUGUUUAGGUGUGGGAGACAGCGCACUCAGGACGUUUGCACAGAACUGCAGAAACAUCGAGCUGCUCAGUCUGAACGGCUGUACAAAGAUCACAGACAGUACCUGUAACAGUCUGAGUAAAUUCUGUCCCAAACUGAAGCACUUGGAUCUCGCCUCAUGCACCUCCAUCACCAACCUGUCUCUCAAAGCACUCAGUGAGGGCUGUCCGAUGCUGGAGCAGCUGAACAUCUCGUGGUGUGAUCAGGUGACCAAAGAUGGCAUCCAGGCGCUCGUCCGCUGCUGUCCGGGGCUGAAAGGCCUGUUCCUCAAAGGCUGCACACAGCUGGAAGACGAGGCUCUGAAACACAUCGGUGCUCACUGUCCAGAGCUGGUCACUCUCAACCUGCAGACAUGUUCACAGAUCACAGAUGAAGGCUUGAUAACGAUUUGUCGAGGUUGUCAUCGGCUGCAGUCUCUGUGUGUGUCUGGCUGUGCAAACAUCACAGACGCCAUUCUAAAUGCCCUGGGACAGAACUGCCCUCGUCUCAGAAUAUUAGAAGUGGCUCGCUGUUCACAACUCACAGACGUCGGCUUUAGCACACUCGCACGGAAUUGUCAUGAGUUGGAGAAGAUGGAUCUGGAGGAGUGUGUACAGAUCACAGACAACACGCUCAUCCAGCUGUCCAUACACUGCCCUCGGCUCCAGGUUCUCAGUCUGUCUCAUUGUGAGCUGAUCACGGAUGAGGGGAUUCGUCACUUGGGCAGCGGGCCGUGUGCUCACGACCGACUGGAGGUGAUCGAGCUCGAUAACUGCCCGCUCAUCACCGACGCCUCGCUGGAGCACCUCAAAACCUGCCACUGCCUCGACCGCAUUGAGCUGUACGACUGCCAACAGAUCACACGCGCGGGGAUUAAGAGGCUCAGAACUCACUUGCCCAACAUUAAAGUCCACGCCUACUUUGCACCUGUGACUCCGCCACCUUCGGUAGGAGGAAGUCGACAGAGGUUUUGCCGCUGCUGUAUCCUGCUAUGAUGUCACAGUCUCCGCCUCCUCGACCUUGGAUGACCUUUGACCCUGAUUGUCCAGUAGCACAUGCUGAUGGAUCACUUGGUAAAGCAAACGAGGGAGAGAGACAUAGAAAGAGAGAGAGAGACAGACAGAGAGAGGUGUGUGUAUGUGUGUGUGUGUGUGUCCUUACAAAGUGUUAAAUAUGUUGGGUUUCUCACUUUUCCUUCUAAAAUCCACUGCACAUCUAAAAGUAUUUAUAAUUCUUAAAAUAAGAAUGCACAGUGUUGCUGAACAGCACCCCCUUCUGCCAGGUAGACAUGAAAGGUGGGGCAGUAAGUGAGCAGUCGAUGAGUCAUGAGUCAUUUGGGGAGUGGUUCGGUUAGUCAUGGGUCAGUUAAUGUGUCUGUGAGUCGAGUCCAAGAGUCGGUUAGUGAGUGAGGCAUGAGUCAGUCAGCAAGUGAGUCAUGGAUCGUGAGUCGGUCUGCAAGUGAGUCAUGAGUUGAAUAGACGAGUCCAGGAGUCGAGUCCAGGAGUCGGUUAGUGAGUGAUGCAUGACUUGGUGAGUGAGUGAGUCAUGUGUCAAUCAGCAAGUGAGUCAUGAGUCCAGGAGUCGAGUCCAGGAGUCGAGUCCAGGAGUCGAGUCCAGGAGUCGAGUCCAGGAGUCGAGUCCAGGAGUCGAGUCCGUCAUGACUUGUUGAGUGAGUGAGUCAUGAGUCAGUCAGCAAGUGAGUCAUGGGUUGGUUAGUGAGUCAAUUGGCAAGAGAGUCAUAGAUCAAUUAGUGAGUCCAAAUGUCGAGUCCAAAUGUCGAGUCCAAAUGUCGAGUCCAAAUGUCGAGUCUGGGAGUCGAGUCUGGGAGUCGAGUCUGGGAGUCAGGCAAGGCUUAGUCAGUGAGUCAUUUGAAUGAGUUAUGAGUCAGGUGAGUCAUAUGGAUUAGUCAGGUGAGAUAGGAGUCAGUCUGUUGAGUCAGUGAAUCACAUCUAAAAAAUUAAAAUUAUAAACGUGACCAUUGCUCCCAAAUUCAUACUUAAUUAUUUUUAUUGAACUAGUGCUGUUUUCCAAAAGCUCUUCUAGGACAAACUUUAAAAGCCACCAUGAAUGGUCACACACACACACACACACACACACACACACACACUGUCUCUCUCUCUCUCUCUCUCUGUCUGAGGUUUAUCAUACAGAGGAAGCUGACUAUUUUUCUAAAGCAGUAAAAUAUGCCAAAAGCUGCAUGUUACAAAUCUAGUUUUUAUAAAAAAAGAAAAAAAAACAAUCCAUAUGAUGGGCGGGGCCUGAACACAGGCAGCCAAUGGGGAAGCAGGAAUGGAUGACUCAGCGGCAUCACAACCAGCCAGCCAAUCAGACUGGACCGGAUCGCAAGAGGUACAUGGAACUUUGAGUGGGCGGGGCCUGCAUGCACAGCCAAUUAGAGAUAAGAAAGGAGUGAGUGGUGUCACAGUCGGCCAAUCCGAUCGCAGGAGGACAGAGACGAUCAGUGACAUCAUACAUGGUGGAUUUAAAGAGUGAUGGAAAGUUCACACCAUUUUUGUGUGUGUGUGUGUGUGUGUGUGUGUGUGUGUGUGUGUGCGCCCCACCUCCACAUGAGAAACCAGAAUGAGAAAAUGAGCUCAACCAAUCAGAGAGUGUGUAUUAGUGUUGUCACUGUCAAUAUGUUUUCUUGUUUGUGUGUGUGUGUGUGUGUGUGUGUGUGUGUGUGUGUGUGUGUGUGUGUGUGUGUGUGUGUAUAUGUAUGUGUGUGUGGCAGAGGCUUUGGUUUACACACUCCACCCAUGAAGGAGAAACUGGAUCCACACACACUCUGAUUCAUCACUACAGGAGCUGACUGGUUUAAGAAACAUCACACACACACAGACACACACACACACAAUGUCUCUCCAUUUUACACACGUCUGUCUGUCUGUCUCUCUGUCUCUGUCUCUCUCUCUCUCUCUCUUUCUCUCUCUUUCUCACUUUGUCUUUCUGUUUGUUUGUACAGUACAGAACACACUUGGAGUGUGUGUAUGCGUGUGUGUGUGUGUGUGUGUGUGUGUUGAGGAUGAUGUGACUGUAGUUAUUGCAAUUACACUUGUUGUAAAUCUGUUCCCUUUUACUUUGUUUUUGUUUUCCUUUUUACGAUUAACCCCUAUAAAUAAAUAAAUGAAUAAAUGAAUAUGUAUGUAUGAAUAAAUAUAUAACUAUAUUAUUAUUAA